CUUUUUCGAUUCAGGACUGGCGUAAGGGGAGGGGGGCUGCUGAAUGGGAGCAGUCACUGGAUUCGUGCGAUACCAACGCAGACUAACCCCGCCGCUGCCCAUCAUAUCGGACUUUAGGGGACGUUUUGGGGGGCACUAACAGAGAAAGAACCCCUCCACUCCUCCUGCUGCUGUCCCCUUCCCCCCUUUCCUUCCUCGCGGACUCUCCGGAGAGAGACAAAUCCUCCAGACAUGGCUCAGAUACUGCCGAUACGAUUCCAGGAACAUCUGCAGUUGCAGAACAUGGGCGUGAACCCAGCUAACAUCGGGUUCAGCUAUCUGACCAUGGAGUCGGACAAGUUCAUCUGCAUCCGGGAGAAGGUGGGCGAGCAGAACCAGGUGGUGAUCGUGGACAUGUCCGACCCCACCAACCCGAUCAGGAGGCCCAUCUCCGCCGACAGCGCCAUUAUGAACCCGGCCAGCAAGGUCAUCGCCCUGAAAGCCGCCAAGACGCUGCAGAUCUUCAAUAUUGAGAUGAAGAGUAAGGUGAAGGCGCACACCAUGACAGAGGAGGUCAUGUUUUGGAAGUGGAUCUCGGUAAACACCGUCGCCUUGGUGACGGACACAGCCGUCUUCCACUGGAGCAUGGAGGGGGAUUCCCAGCCUGCCAAAGUAUUCGAUCGGCACGCCAGUCUGGCGGGAUGUCAGAUCAUCAACUACAGAACUGACGAGCAACAGAAGUGGCUGCUGCUGAUAGGGAUUUCUGCACAGCAAAACCGAGUGGUCGGUGCCAUGCAGCUGUAUUCCGUUGACAGGAAAGUGUCCCAGCCCAUCGAGGGCCACGCCGCUGCCUUCGGGGAGUUCAAAGUGGAGGGAAAUGCCAAACCCUCCACCCUUUUCUGUUUUGCCGUGCGCUCACAGGCCGGGGGAAAGUUGCACAUCAUUGAAGUUGGUCAGCCGGCUGCAGGAAACCAGCCAUUUGCUAAGAAAGCAGUGGAUGUGUUCUUCCCCCCAGAGGCCCAGACGGACUUUCCUGUAGCUAUGCAGAUUGGCAAUAAGCACGGCGUGAUCUAUUUGAUCACAAAGUACGGUUACAUUCAUCUGUAUGACCUGGAGUCUGGAGUGUGCAUCUACAUGAACCGAAUCAGUGCAGAGACCAUCUUUGUGACCGCCCCUCAUGAAGCCACGUCGGGAAUCAUCGGGGUCAACAAGAAGGGACAGGUGUUGUCAGUGUGUGUUGAGGAGGAAAACAUUGUCAACUAUGCCACCAACGUCCUGCAGAACCCCGAUCUGGCCUUAAGGAUUGCUGUGAGGUCCAACCUGGCUGGGGCUGAGGAGAUUUUUGCCAGGAAGUUCAACACUCUGUUUUCCCAGGGGAGUUACUCCGAGGCCGCAAAGGUUGCUGCAUCGGCACCCAAGGGAAUCCUGCGGACGGCAGAGACCAUCCGUAAGUUCCAGAGCGUCCCUGCCCAGCCGGGCCAGGCCUCGCCGCUGCUGCAGUACUUCGGUAUUCUGCUGGACCAGGGCCAGCUCAACAAGUUUGAGUCUCUGGAGCUGUGCCGGCCCGUCCUGCAGCAGGGGCGCAAGCAGCUGCUGGAGAAAUGGCUGAAGGAGGACAAGCUGGAGUGCUCGGAGGAGCUGGGGGACCUGGUGAAGGCUUCGGACCCCACCCUGGCCCUGAGCGUGUACCUCAGAGCUAACGUCCCCAACAAGGUCAUCCAGUGCUUCGCCGAGACCGGCCAGUUCCAGAAGAUAGUGCUGUACGCCAAAAAGGUGGGCUUCUCCCCAGACUGGGUGUUUCUGCUGAGGAAUGUGAUGCGCGUCAACCCAGACCAGGGACUGCAGUUUGCCCAGAUGCUGGUCCAGGAUGAGGAGCCGCUGGCCAACGCCAACCAGAUCGUCGACGUGUUCAUGGAGGGCAACCUGAUCCAGCAGUGCACUUCCUUCCUGCUGGAUGCUCUGAAGAACAACCGCCCGGCCGAGGGACACCUGCAGACGCGUCUGCUGGAGAUGAACCUCAUACAUGCGCCCCAGGUAGCAGAUGCGAUCCUGGGGAACCAGAUGUUCACCCACUAUGACCGCGCCCACGUUGCCCAGCUGUGCGAGAAGGCGGGGCUGCUGCAGAGGGCCCUGGAGCACUACACCGACCAGUUCGACAUCAAGCGGGCCGUGGUGCACACACAUCUGCUCAACCCUGAGUGGCUGGUGAACUUCUUCGGCUCUUUAUCGGUGGAGGACUCGCUGGAGUGUUUGAGGGCCAUGCUGUCGGCCAACAUCAGGCAGAACCUGCAGCUGUGCGUCCAGGUAGCGUCCAAGUAUCACGAGCAGCUGGGGACUCAGUCGUUAGUGGAGCUCUUCGAGUCCUUCAAGAGCUACGAGGGCUUGUUUUACUUCCUUGGGUCGAUUGUGAAUUUCAGCCAGGAGCCCGACGUCCACUUCAAGUACAUCCAGGCCGCCUGCAAAACAGGCCAGAUCAAAGAAGUGGAGAGAAUCUGCAGGGAAAGCAACUGUUACGACCCGGAGAGGGUGAAAAACUUCCUCAAGGAGGCCAAGCUAACGGACCAGCUCCCUCUCAUCAUUGUGUGUGAUCGCUUCGACUUCGUCCACGACCUGGUGCUCUACCUCUACCGCAACAACUUGCAGAAAUACAUCGAAAUCUACGUACAGAAAGUGAACCCCAGUCGUCUGCCGGUGGUGAUAGGCGGUCUGUUGGAUGUGGACUGUGCUGAGGACGUCAUCAAGAACCUGAUCAUGGUGGUCAGAGGGCAGUUUUCCACCGACGAACUGGUGGAGGAGGUGGAGAAGAGGAACAGGUUGAAACUCCUGCUGUCGUGGCUGGAGUCCCGUAUCCACGAUGGAUGCGAGGAGCCGGCCACCCACAACGCCCUGGCCAAGAUCUACAUCGACAGCAACAACACGCCCGAGCGCUUCCUGAAGGAGAACCCGUUCUACGACAGCGCCGUGGUCGGGAAGUACUGCGAGAAGAGGGACCCCCACCUGGCUUGCGUGGCCUACGAGAGAGGGCAGUGUGACCUGGAUCUCAUCAAAGUGUGCAAUGAGAACUCUCUGUUCAAGAGUGAGGCUCGCUAUCUGGUGCGACGGAAAGAUCCGGAGCUCUGGGCAAACGUGUUGGAAGAAAACAACCCCUUCAGAAGACAACUCAUCGACCAGGUGGUGCAGACGGCGCUGUCAGAGACUCAGGAUCCAGAGGAGGUGUCCGUCACAGUCAAGGCCUUCAUGACUGCAGACCUGCCCAACGAGCUGAUCGAACUGCUGGAGAAGAUCGUACUGGACAACUCUGUCUUCAGUGAACACAGAAACCUCCAGAACCUGCUCAUUUUGACGGCCAUCAAGGCGGACCGUACCCGCGUGAUGGAGUACAUCAACAAGCUGGACAACUACGACGCCCCGGACAUUGCCAACAUCGCCAUCAGCAAUGAGCUCUUUGAGGAAGCAUUCGCCAUUUUCAAGAAGUUUGACGUCAACACCUCGGCCAUUCAGGUUUUGAUAGAGCACAUAGGGAACUUGGACCGCGCCUACGAGUUUGCGGAGCGCUGCAACGAGCCGGCUGUGUGGAGCCAGUUGGCCCGAGCUCAGCUGCAGAGAGACCUGGUCAAGGAGGCCAUCGACUCGUACAUCAAAGCCGUGGACCCCUCGGCGUACAUGGAGGUGGUCAACGCGGCCAGCAAGAACGAUAACUGGGAGGACUUGGUCAAAUUCCUCCAGAUGGCUCGGAAGAAAGCGAGAGAGUCGUACGUGGAGACGGAGCUGAUCUUCGCUUUGGCCAAAACGAACCGUCUGGCCGAGCUGGAGGAGUUUGUCAGCGGGCCCAACAAUGCUCACAUACAGCAGGUGGGCGAUAGGUGUUAUGACGAGGGGAUGCACGAGGCGGCCAAGCUCUUGUACAACAACGUGUCCAACUUUGCCCGCCUGGCAUCGACGCUGGUCCACCUCGGGGAGUACCAGGCGGCCGUGGACAGCGCCAGGAAAGCCAACAGCACGCGGACAUGGAAGGAGGUGUGUUUCGCGUGCGUGGACGGCGAGGAGUUUCGGCUGGCCCAAAUCUGCGGCCUCCACAUAGUAAUCCACGCCGACGAGCUGGAGGACCUGAUCAGCUACUAUCAGGACCGCGGGUACUAUGAGGAGCUCAUCGCCCUGCUGGAGGCCGCUCUCGGUCUGGAGCGGGCCCACAUGGGCAUGUUCACCGAGCUCGCUAUCCUCUACUCAAAGUUCAAACCUCAGAAGAUGAGGGAGCACCUGGAGCUCUUCUGGUCCAGAGUCAACAUCCCAAAGGUCCUCCGCGCAGCAGAGCAGUCUCAUUUAUGGGCAGAGCUUGUUUUCCUCUACGAUAAAUACGAGGAGUUUGACAACGCCGCCAUCACAAUGAUGUCUCAUGCGACGGACGCGUGGAAAGAAGGACCGUUCAAGGACAUCAUUGCUAAGGUCGCCAAUGUGGAGUUGUACUAUAAAUCUCUCUCCUUCUACCUGGAAUACAAACCCCUGUUACUGAACGACCUGCUGACCAUCCUGUCCCCGCGGCUGGACCACAGCCGAGCUGUCAACUUCUUCAGCAAGAUGGACCAGCUGAAGUUGGUCAAGCCUUACCUGAGGUCUGUCCAGAGUCACAACAACAAGUCGGUCAACGAAGCCCUCAACAACCUGCUGACGGAGGAGGAAGACUACCAGGGCCUGAGAGCAUCCAUCGAUGCCUAUGACAACUUCGACACCAUCGACCUGGCGCAGAGGUUGGAGAAACACGAGCUGAUUGAAUUCCGCCGCAUCGCCGCUUACCUUUACAAGGGCAACAACCGCUGGAGACAGAGCGUGGAGCUCUGCAAGAAGGACAAGCUCUACAAGGAUGCCAUGCUCUACGCCGCAGAGUCUAAGGAUGCCGAGCUGGCGGAGACUUUGCUCCAGUGGUUCCUGGAGGAAGGGAGGAAGGAGUGCUUCGCCGCCUGCCUGUUCGCCUCCUACGACCUGCUGCACCCCGACGUGGUGCUGGAGCUGGCCUGGAGGCACAACAUCAUGGACUUCGCCAUGCCGUACUUCAUCCAGGUCAUGAGGGAGUACCUGACGAAGGUGGACAAACUGGACGAGGCAGACAGCCAAAGGAAAACCGAAGAGGAGGUGACGGAGCCUCAGCCCAUAGUGUUUGGCCAGCAGCUGAUGUUGCCCCCCUCUCCAGUUCCGGUGGCUCCCCAGCCAGCGUACCCCGGCUACGGCUACCCAGCAGCCCCCGCGGGCUUCCCGGCUCAGCCCGCUUAUGGCUUCAACAUGUAAGGGGCCCUCAGCCCUCGCCCCGCCUCGUCCGUCCCCUCUCUCUCCUCCCCUAGCGCACACACACACACACACACACACACACACCUUGGACCUGAACCACACUGGACCGUGCUGCUGCUGGUCAACACACCUGAAACUCAACCGGGCCGUCGUUCCCGAUGAGAAGCCACUGAAACUGCAAUAGAAACCCGUCACCUCUACUGUCUCCACUUCGGAAGGACUGGCUCUGAAAAGGCCUCCCCCAUUUCUCCCCUCUCUCUCUUCUCUGCUUGGACGUUACAGCUGCAUCACUGAUCUACACCGCAUGAAGUCAUCUCUCAGCUCCUAGAGAAUUUAACAAAACCUGAAGACAACGUUAGUGACACCAAACCCCUCUGUCCUGCUGUUCCAUGUAGACUUUAUUAACCAUAGAGCAGCUUAUUUUAUUUAAUUUUUUCCCCAGAGAUUCAGCACUGAUGAGGAAGAGACUUUGUUACCGAGGAGUGGUAAAAGCACUGCUACGGCCUUACACACUUUUGAGGAGGGGGACAAAAAAACAAAAACGGACUCAAAUGUUUAAUUCCACAACUGUCUCAUGCUCUGAUUGGAAAGACGGUUACUGUGCAAUAGUUUUUGUUUGUCCUCUCACAACCAAGUGUUUGCUGUACGAAUUAAGAACACUUGUUUAUGAGGUUACGGUACUGUGUGUGUGUGUGUGUGUGUGUGUGUGUGUGUGUGUGUGUGUGUGUGUGUGUGUGUGUGUGUGUGUGUGUGUGUGUGUGUG